UUGUUCCGCCCAGUUAACGCCCAUCUGGCUGCUCUUCGUGUGAGGAAGAAGUCAGUCCCCGGCGGUGUCUGUGAGGAGAGGACGUGUGCAGCACAUCUCAAGUGAAAAAAAACGUCCUUUUUUUUGCGUUUACCAUGUCUGAGGAAGAUUGGGAAAAUGAAAUUGGUAACCCGCCUGCAUCUGUUCCGAACUUGAGCAACUCGGAGCCAGCGUUCCCGGCGAGUAAUCAGAACUAUUUUUCAUCUUUCAAUCGAAAUGAAUCAACCGAAAGAGGUUUUGGCAACAGAAAAGGCGGUGACCGCAAUCAAAAUUUUGAAUCUUCUGAAAGGGGGUUUGGAAACCGAAGAGGUGGUGACUCCAAUCAAAAUUUUGAAUCUUCGGAAAGGGGGUUUGGAAACCGAAGAGGCAGAGGUCGAGGUGGAUUUGGUACAUUCGGCAAAGAUUCUAAUGGUAACCAAGAAAGUGAAGAAUUUACGAAUGACGAAAAUGGGACAGGUGACGAUAAUCGUAGGCGUGGUGGUUUUCAGCGAAGAGGUGGAUUUGAUGGUGGUAAACGAAGAGAGUUUCCGAGAAGUGGUGGUUUUGGUAGCGAAGAUGGAAAUGAACAGAGAGCUUUUAGUAGUAAUGAUGGUUUUAACAAUGAGAAUUCUGGUUUUGGAAGUGGAAGGAGGGGCGGUAGAGGUGGCAGUAGAGGUGGUUCAUUUUCUGGUGAUGAUUCUGGAGAGUUUGGGGGAAGGGGUGAUCGAGAGUCGGACAGGGGAAGAGGUUUUGGAAGAGGUGGCUUUAGAGGAAAAAAUGAAGAUGUAGGGGUGGAAUCUGGUAAAGGUCAAGAGGGAUUGGACCGCUCAGAACAAGGUCCACCAAGGGUGACCUAUGUUCCACCUCCUCCACCUGAAAAUGAAGCUGAUAUUUUUAAACAUUACCAGACCGGCAUUAACUUUGACAAAUAUGAUGACAUUGUGGUUGAGGUCUCUGGAAGUGAUGUUCCACCAGCAAUACUGACCUUUGAAGAAGCAAAUCUUUGUGACACGCUAGCAAGAAAUGUGUGCAAAGCUGGAUAUGUGAAAUUGACUCCUAUACAGAAACACAGUAUUCCUAUUAUCAUGGCUGGUCGUGAUUUAAUGGCUUGUGCACAGACGGGAUCUGGAAAAACGGCUGCUUUUCUUUUGCCAAUUUUGACUCACUUGAUGGCUAAAGGCGUUGAGUCUAGUGCGUUUCAAGCAUUAAAAGAGCCAGAAGCAAUUAUUGUCGCUCCUACAAGAGAACUGAUUAAUCAGAUCUAUCUAGAUGCUCGUAAAUUUGCAUAUGGAACAUGUGUGCGCCCAGUUGUGAUUUAUGGAGGAACUCAGACGUUUCACUCUUUGAAACAGAUCUCUGAAGGAUGUAACAUUCUUUGUGCAACCCCUGGAAGAUUAUUGGAUAUCAUCAGGAAAGAGAAGAUUGGUUUAACUAAAUUGCGCUACCUUGUGUUGGAUGAAGCUGACCGUAUGUUGGACAUGGGUUUUAGAGAGGACAUUGAAAAUUUGUUGCGAAGUCCAGGAAUUACUAGUAAAGAAGAAAGACAAACCCUAAUGUUCAGUGCUACAUUUCCCUCAAGCAUACAGAGCCUUGCCAGAAAUAUUCUGAAGCCAGAUUACUUGUUUGUUGUGGUUGGCCAAGUUGGUGGUGCCUGCAGUGAUGUGGAACAGGUGGUCAUGGAAGUUGAAGAAUACGGGAAGAAAGACAAAUUGAUGGAAAUCCUACAAGGGAUAGGUAGUCAACGCACAAUGGUGUUUGUGAAAACUAAGAAGAAAGCAGAUUUCAUUGCUACAUUUCUCUGUCAAGAAAAAGUCCCAUCAACCAGCAUUCAUGGUGACCGAGAACAAAAGGAGAGAGAGACAGCUCUAAGGGACUUUAAAACUGGACAAUGUCCUGUAAUUGUAGCCACUUCUGUUGCUGCCAGGGGACUGGAUAUUGAAAAUGUUAGUUAUGUCAUCAAUUUUGAUAUCCCAGAUGAUAUAGAUGAAUAUGUUCACAGAAUUGGACGUACUGGACGCUGUGGCAAUACAGGAAGAGCAAUCUCAUUCUUUGAUAAAAGAGGUGAUGACGAACAAAGGAUUGCUCGUUCACUUGUGAAAGUUUUAUCUGAUGCACAUCAAGAAGUGCCUGCUUGGCUUGAAGAGGUUGCCUUCAGUGCCCAUGGGAUGUCUGCUUACAAUCCACGGUCAAAGUUUGCAUCCACAGAUGACAGACAGAGAGGAGAAUCCAGGGAAGAUUUCAGCACUUCAGGAUUUACCCCGUCUGUGGCUCAAACAGAAGAGGAGGAUUGGGGAUAAUUUGUUAAAUGAAACUAUAUAUGUAUAAGGCACUUCCGCUGUUGCACGUUUUGAUGUUUGAGAACAAUAUAUUACGUAUUUAGAAUAAAAAGCAUUUGUUCUGUGUCUCUUGUUUUGUAGCUAGAAAGUUUGUAUCAUGAAACUUGAGAAUUUGUUUUGUGGUGCUCUAGCAACCAGUUUAACUGUUUUCGUUUAAGCACUAAAUAAAAAGUUAAAUCAUG